CUCAUUUCCAUGGCUUCUCUCAUUACUCUGCUCCUCAUCUUCCUCUCCUUUCCUUCUCAAUCCUCCUCCUCUGUUUCCCAACCCAGAUCCCUCCGCAUUUUCCGAUCACCGGAACCCAGAUCCAAAAAGACCCCAAUUGGGUCCUCGUCAGCGGGACAGAUUCCGGCCCAGAUUGCUCAAUCCUGCAGCGCCACCCGGUUCCCAGACAUCUGCCGGUCUUCCCUGGCCAAUUCCGCCGCGGCUCUUCAGAAACACCCAACUCCGAUCGACCUAAUUCAGUCGGCGAUUUCAAUUUCAUCUUCCAAUCUCUCCGUCGCGCAGUCGAUGGUGAAGUCGAUUAUGGGCUCGUCCUCUAACAUCAACCGCGCUACCGCCGCGAAAAACUGCGUCGAAGUCCUCGCCAACUCGCAGCACCGCAUCCAGUCCACCGCGGCCGGAGAAGCCCUCCGCCGCGGUGGAGGAGGAAUCAAGGACGCGCGCGCGUGGAUGAGCGCGGCGCUGCUGUACCAGUACGACUGCAGGAACUCGCUAAUGUACGCAAACGACACGUCGCUGACUGCCCAAACGAUGUCGUUUCUCGACUCGUUAAUGACGCUCACCAGCAACGCGCUGAGUAUGCUUGUGGCCUACGACGUUUACGGCGACGAGACCGGGUCGUGGGCCCCGCCGAAGACGGAGCGGGACGGGUUCUGGGAGAAGUCGGGCGGGGAAGCGGGUCCGGGUCCGGUCGGAUUCCCGUCGGGAUUGAACCCGGCCAAGACGGUUUGCAAGAGCGGUGGAGGCGGCGGGUGUGAUUACGAGACGGUGCAAGCGGCGGUGGAUUCCGCGCCGGACAAUCUGCCGAGCGGCGGACGGAAGUUUGUUAUCCGGAUAAAGGAAGGGGUUUACGAGGAGAUCGUUAGGGUUUCGUUGGAGAAGAGGAAUUUGGUGUUCCUGGGUGACGGGAUGGGUCGAACCGUUAUAACCGGGUCGUUAACCGUCGGUCAACCCGGGAUUUCCACUUACAACACGGCCACAGUCGCGGUUCUUGGAGAUGGAUUCAUGGCGAGAGAUUUAACGAUCCAGAACACAGCUGGAGCUCCCACCCACCAAGCAGUGGCCCUGAGAGUCGACAGCGAUCUGUCGCUGAUCGAAAACUGCGAGCUCCUUGGCAACCAAGACACCCUCUAUGCCCACUCCCUCCGCCAGUACUACAAGUCCUGCCGGAUUCAGGGCAAUGUAGACUUCAUCUUCGGGAACUCCGCCGCGAUCUUCGACAACUGCACCAUCCUGGUGGCUCCGAGGCUGGUGAAGCCGGAGAAAGGCGAGAGCAACGCAGUGACAGCGCAGGGCAGGACGGAUCCUGCGCAGUCCACUGGGUUCGUGUUCCGUGACUGCCUGAUUAAUGGCACGGAGGAGUAUAUGAAGCUGUACCGUGGCAAGCCUAAGGCGCACCGGAACUAUCUUGGGCAGGCCGUGGAAGGAGUUCUCCAGAACUGUGUUCAUACGCUGCAACUUGGAAGCACUUGUGACAAGGCAAGGGUGGAUGCCAUGGAGAGGGGAUUUCGCGCUGGCGACGCUGUACUAUGGCGAGUUUGAGAACUACGGGGAUGGAGCUAAUACGUCGGAGAGAGUACCAUGGAGCAGCCAAGUGCCUGCUGAGCAUGUAGAGGCCUACUCUGUCCAGAACUUCAUUCAAGGAAAUGAAUGGAUUCGCAACAAGUCCUCUUGAUGGAUCAUGGUAUUCUUCUUAUUUCGAAUUGCAUUUAGGCUCAGUAGUGAACUUGCAGAAAUAGAAGCCGGCAUGCAUUGUUGGUUUUCCAAGUGUAGAAAUCAGUAGGGUGAAAGAGCCAUUAACAUGAGGAUGAGAGCUAUCGUCACAAGCACAUUGAUACCAUGUAUAUCAUAACUUCCUCGGUCUGUAACUUAUUCAUACAUUGCACAUAUAUGAUGAUGACGACAGUACACAUAACUUGAAGUUCUAAAACGCCGUAAUCUCGAGACCUCCCUUUGCAGCAGCAGGGCAGCUGAGGACAGGUGCAUCGAACCUACUGAACAGCUUGUAGGACGAGACGAGCGAGAUCGCAAUGAAGAAGAGAACCACGACGAAUGUCAGGACCAAGGAGGCCAUGGCCUUGUGGCAGAACACACCAAACGAGCCACAGACCGCGCUCCACGUAAUGUCAAGGUCGCCCUUGUCAGCAAGGUAGAGCACCUCGGCGGAGACAGCAGCUGCCGCCAGGAUCAAGUAAGUGAACACCUGGUCCAGGAGGAAGAAGGUCCAGGCCGAUCCCGCAGUGGUGGCCGGGCGACGCGGCAUUGCCACCACGACGGCGGAGAGCAGGGCGUAGCCUGCACAGAUGCCGUUGGCGUGUACCAAGUACCUGCAUGUGUCAAAAUGUACGCCAUUAUAAAAGAAACAUUAGUCUUUGAAGCUUUCUGUAAAACUACUCUUGUUUAUCUAACUGAUUGUUGGCCGCAAGGUUCGAAUUCUAAAUUCUCCCGCAUUACAACUAGACCAACCCUUUUGAGGAGCCUACCCGUGAUGCUAUUGCUAGUAGCCAGAAAAGGAAAUGAUACCGACUUCUAACCUCACAUCCGCCAUUAAUGAUCCCCAUAGCCACCAAUUUUGACCCUUUCUAGCUCAUCCAUCCAUCUUAUCAACCCAACAUGCAUUCAAUGGAAACUAUACAGAGAUGGGGUUUGAUCAACGAAAUCAAUCAAACAUUUUCUGUCUUGUCAAGAUAAGAACUGCAAGGAAAAAAGGGGAUUAAGAAUGGGGACCUGAAGGCAGCGAGAUCAGAGUAAGAGAGGGAGCCGAAAUCGUUGGUCUGGGAGUUCUUGAGCAUGACUACCAGAGCUGACACGCACAACCCCACGGGAACCAGCCGGAGAAUGCUCUCCGCCGUCCGCAUGCUGCCGCCGGCAUGAUCCUGCAGCUCUUCCCGGUUACCGGCUGCGGUGGAAGUGUUCAUGCCCAUCAUCGUUCCGCUUGCUUUGGUCUUCUCCAUUGUUUGGUUUCCCCCUCCAAAGUACUCUGUCUGUACUAUAACUUAAAUUUCAGGGCUCUCUACCUCCCUCUCUCUCUC